CUGAAUUUACUCUUUUACCGCGCUUCAGUUGGCAGCGCCUCAGUUAUCGUCUGCUACUACUCGGUCUUCACUUGUGAGGUUCAAGCCGUUCGAAGAAGUUCCCCUUGCUUUCACCGCUUCGGAAUACUGGGAGAGGGUUUGCGUUCCGAUAAGGAAGUAUAAUAAACGAUUACUUGCAUAUUUUUUGCCUACAAGUGAGAUUUGGAAGAAAAGCUGCCUUUUCCAGAAGAAAUUGCAUACCAUUCAUCAAGGUCUUAAAGAUAUCUACUUUGCACUUCAAUUCUUCCAGAGAUAGAAGAUGUCGGUUUCAAUAUACACGGCGAUGUUUUUUGUGCUUAUGUUGCUGGGAUAUGAACAGGGACAUGGUUAUUCCUUGGCGCCCUCAGAAUGCAGAUCCCCUUCAGAUUGUGGCCCUGGAGAAUGCUGCGUUCUUGGUAUGAUGCGAUACAGCAUGGCACAGUGCAUGCCCCUGGGACAAGUCGAGGAUUAUUGCCGGGACGACAACCCCCCUGAAAACAGAACCCUCUACUACCCAAACGGGGAGCCAGUCGAAGUGACUGAUAUCUACACCCACGUGUGUCCUUGCGACGAUGGGCUGCAAUGUGUGGACAACUUCUGCGCUGCGGACGACUCCUACGAGAACAAUUACCUGUAUUAAUAAAUGCGACCAUGCGGGUCCUUCGAAGGGUCUGACUGCACUGAUAUCUCACCUAAGACCCUUGGAAAACUGAUAUUUGUAAUUUAUUUUGGUAACACUUUUCAUAAAAUUCGAAGAAGUUUCUUCUCUUGGAAUUUUAUACAAGACAGAUCUGGAUUUUUCUUAAAAUAGGAAUCUUUUUUCUUUUGUAGCAUCAAAUCUGGUUAGUCAGAAAUUUUUGAUAAUUUUUUUUUAAAUUUGGAUUGCACUUUUUAAAAAUUAUUCUGAAACAAAAGAACAGGAUCCUGUUGAUAACAAGAGUGAAGAAGUUAAGAUUUAUACUUUUACUUGACACAUUCAAUUUUGAUAGAAAAUUAAAGUCAAAACUAUAUAAAUUCCAUAUAUUAAUGAUUAAUGAUCUUGCAUUUUUAACAAAAAAACAAUUCUGCUUCUAUCUUGCUUUUCCCUCCCAAAUGUGUAAUAGAUCUUAUUUAGUUUUCUUUGUAUUCUUCGAAUUUGGUUAAUAAUAUUGAUCAAUAUUUCCUAAAUUAUUAAUAAUAUUCUCAAGAUCUAUCCUGACAUCGAUUUUCAAUGUUUAAUAUUGAAAUAUUUUUCACUUUAUUCGAAACUUAGCGUUUUUUUUUAAAUUACUAAAAACGAAUUAGAAUUUAACUUAUAUACUGCAUUAAAGAAUUCAAAUAACUAAAUUACACUUCAUUACUUCGGCAUAUAAUAUUUUAUCUUGAAAAUCAAUAUUUAGCUAAAUAUAUCCGUUUAGAGUUAAAAAGUAAACAAAUUUUCGCUUUACAUCCUUUAUGAAAAUUUUAAAAAAUUAAUGAUUGAACAUAUAAUAGCUAUCUAUAACUGCCCAAUUUAAAAAAAUUAAAAUGGAACUUUGAAAAAAAUUAAGUUAUAAAAAUGUUCUUGCAGAUUUCGUUAAAAUUACAGAUAUCUUUUAUGAAUAACUUAUUAGAAUAUACUUCCAAAUUUGUAAUAUCAAUUUAAAACUGAUUUCUGCUUUUUUUUGCUUCUUUUGAUCAUCAAUCAUGUUAGAACUAGGCAAAAAAAGUAUUUAAAAAUCAAUUGAGGGCACUGACUUUCAUAUAUUUUCGAGGAAGUAAAAAAAAUAUCGAUCUAUAAAGAUUCGAAAUUAAUCAUGAACUUUUGAAGAAAAUUCCAGACUGUCAUGGUUGAUAAAUUAUUUGUCAUUUGUCCGGGUAUGCUGAAUUUAAAUUAAUGUACACUGAAUCAUUUGUUAUAUGAGUACAUGAAAGAAUCAUCUGGAAAAACGAGACUGAUUGUGAAUGAUGGCCACACUUAAUUUUCCAGAGAUAUUUGCUCUUUUCUACAAAUUCACUUCAUGUUUGAAUUCUUUUAACUCUUUCAUUUCUGAUUUCAUCUGUCAUUCAUUAAUUAUUUUCUGCUGCUUCUAAUUUUAAAAAAUUGCAGUUUCUGUAUAUAAAAAAAGAAAAAAAGCAUUCUUUUAAUUUAGUGUAACUAAAUGAAAAUUAAAAUUAAACUUUACUCUUAUUUUCCAUUAAGAUAUUGAUGAAAUUAUGAUUAUUUACUUUUUCUUAUGCCGGGUUUACACUCGGCCAGUUAUAAGACGGCAAGUAGGCAGCGCAUGCGUAGAAAGGCUGAAAAAUGCUGUUCGGUCGAUGGCAAGUAAUUGUCCCGACGGGACAACAACAUACCACUGUAUUGUAUUUUUUCUUACUGCACAUAUUUGGCGGGGUUUUUUUGGCGUGAAAAAAAUUGAUAACUCAUCUUAGAUUAAUUUCUUUUGCUCUUUGUUUUAUCUGAUUCAAGGUUGUGUUUUUUUUAAAAAUUUAUUUGCCAUUUCUUUUCUAAAGUUUGCCAAAUUUAGGUAUGUUGACUUUUUUAUUUUAUCAUAUUUUUUGUGUAAAUAUCCAUCAAUUUAAUGAUCAUCAUUUAGCCACAGUGAAAGAGAAAAAUUAAGGGACGCCAAAAAGUCAAUUUAUAGCCAAGCAUGAUAUGCUUGAAUCUAUGAUAUGAAAUUGCGGCAAACAUAAAUCAGUCCCUUUCUACGCAUGCGCUGGUCUUCUAACUGGCCGAGUGUAAACACGGCAUUAAAAUAUUUAAAUACUUUUUUCUGAAAUUCAUAAACAUUGCCAACAAGAGAUGAUAUUCAAACUUUAAAAAAAUCGUUUGAGAAAGAAAAAAAACUUUUGCAGUCUAUUUUUCAUUUUUAAAAUGCUUACAUUUCUUUUCUCAUCUGUAAAUCAUGCAUGCAGUUUUAUUGUAAUCAUUGCUGCAAUGUAGUUAAUAUCACUUCGCCGUUAACUUGCACAAUAAAAAUUACAUUUAUAUAUUUCUUACGUGAUUAAACUUUCUUAGAUUUAAACUUGAAAAACUUUUCAAGGUUGAAGUAAGCAUUUCAAUAUUUUUAGUAGUUUAUUUCAUUUCUAUAGAUUUUUUUUCUAGCACUGAAAUUUGCACAUAAAUUUAACAGUUAGGAAGAUGAAAAAAGAAUUUUUACUUGCAUAUCUGAAAUCCAUGUAGUUAUUAGGGUCGUUCAAUACAUCAGAAGUUGCAAGCCUUGGAAUAAUAAGGCUUUACUGUAAUUCAAAUAUUUUCAUUGACUUAAUCAAACAAUAUGAUAGCAGAAUACCAUGCUUCUAAUAAUCGUCUUAUAAAACCUCUGGAUUUUGUGAAAACCGUUCAGAACCCCUUUCUUUACAUCAAGUCCAAUCGAAAUUGUUGCCUUACUUAGGCUUUGUUCAUUUCAUUAAACAGGCCGAAUAACAAGAGGGAAAUUUAAGGUCCAGCUUUAUGGCAACCACUUGAAUUUGUCGUAUGUUAAAGAAAAUUGUCAGGAAAAUCUGGAAUGCCAACUGAAAAUUUUUCUGGCCAUUUCGAUUACCCUGCCAUGAAAACUUCCUCUUUUCUUAAUUCCUGAGGUUCCAACGCUCCUCCUUUCUUAAUUCUUGAGUCUGAACUAAAACUACCGCUCAUUAUCCCGAGCUGGAGAGAAAAAUAACAAUAUAAUAAUAUCUAAAUAUUUUGUCUCUCGUAACAGUUUUCAAUUCAUUAUUUAUUGAACGGCCUUAAUAUUAAUUAUACGCUUGUAAAACUUAUUUCUCUGUGUGACCAAUGCUUGACAAAAUUUCACGAAUAACAUGUUGUCGUCUCGGCUUCCUUCUACCAACCGCUGGAAACCCGUCAUUCCAUAUUUGAGUGUUCUUCCAUCAUAUGUACAUAGAUGCAUUCUCUUUAUUUAAAUGCCAUAGUUGUGCGUUCUCUUGCCAAAUAACUUGUCGUGCAAUCCAUUGUGAGGCCCGGUGCCAUUUUUGUAUAACUCAUGCUUUUUUUCGUUUAUGUUCUGUCACGUUUCAUGAUUGGAUAAAUAAAGGAAUUUUAUUACAGAA